AUGGCACACCAGAAUUGGGGUGUUGGGAAUCAGUUCGGAAACAAAUAUAAUUCGAAUUACCAGAACAACUAUCAACAGCCUCAAGGGCAGCAGGUGAGUAACUCUUUGGAAGAAACAAUAAAGCAAUGGAUGUCUUGGAACCAGCAAAUGGCUCAGCAGCAACGACAACAGGUGAUCAAUGAAAUGCAGAAAUUCAUUCAUGAGCUAGAAAGUCAGAUGGGCCAGAUGGUAGUUUCUCAAACUGUCAGACCACAGGGUGCUCUUCCAAGCAAUACUGAAAAGAAUCCGAAAGAACAACUUCAUGAUGUCUCUUUGAGGAAUGGCAGACAAUUAGAAGAAGUUCCUCCAAAGAAUAAGAAGAAGAGUGUUGAUAUUAUUGCAGAGCAGUCAGAGGUUGUGGCGUGUAGGCCACCACCAUCGUUCCCGCAAAGACUUCAGAAGCAGAAGGUGGAUUCAGCUUGUAAGAAAUUUCUUGAGAUCUUAAAACAGGUACACAUCAACAUCCCUUUGGUGGAGCUCUUGCAAGAGGUUCCAAAAUAUGUUAUGCACAUCAAAGAUAUUAUUGCAAACAAAAGACGUCUGACAGAGUUUGAGCACUUACUGAAGAAUGCAGUUCCAGGGUGUGGAGAUCCGGGCAGUUUCACUAUUUCCAUCACUAUUGGGAGCGUUGAGAUUCGGCGAGCAUUAUGUGACUUGGGUGCUAGUAUCAAUAUGAUGCCUACUUGUGUGUUCAAAACAUUGGUUUUGGUUGAGUCAAGACCAACAACUGUGACGUUGCAGCUUGCUGACAGAUCGUUGGCAUAUCCGAAUAGUAUAAUUGAAGAUGUUCUAGUAAAAGUGGGGCCUUUCAUUCUCCCAGUUGAUUUCAUCAUUCUUGGUAAUGAAACUGACAAGCAAGUGCCUCUCCUUCUUAGGAGGGGAUUUUUAGCUAACGUUGAUGCUAUUAUCCAAGUCAAAGAAGGUAAGAUAUCCAUGACGGUGGAUGGUCAGGAGGCUACUUUUGACAUGUUCAUAGCCAUUAAAUUGCCUCCUCACUAUGAGAAGCUGAAAUUGAUAACCAUUGCAGAACCUGAAUUGACAAGUGCAGAUCUUGAUUAUUUCGUGUCUUCGAAAGACACAUUGGAGAGGGCAUUGGUCUAUAGCGAGGAGCUAGAGGGUGAUGAAAAGGUUCAAAAGUGUCUUUUCAUCCUUGACACUACUUGCACACAUGUGCAAGGAAAUAAGCCAUUCGAAGAGCUCAAGAGUCCUGACACGUGGAAGAAGCCAAAACCUUCCAUUGAGGAGGCUUCGGUUGAACGUGUGUUACGAGUGCUCAGAGAUAGAAUAAGAGCUCCUGGCUGGACCAUAGCAGACAUUCGGGCCAUUAAUAGCUCAUUUUGCAUGCACAAAAAAUUGAUGGAGAAGGACAGCAAGCCGAGUAUUGAGCUGCAGCGAAGGUUGAACCCAAUUAUGAAAGAGGUGGUGAAGAAAGAGGUGCUAGAUCGGUUGGUAGGGCACGACUACUAUUCUUUCCUAGAUGGUUAUUCGGGUUACAAUCAAAUCAUGAUAGCACCGGAAGAUCAAGAGAAGACCACUUUCACAUGUCCCUAUGGCACUUUGCAUUCCGGAGGAUGCCGUUCGGGUUAUGUAAUGCACCAGCAUUUGGAUGCAGUCCUUGCUCGUUGUAAGGAGACAAAUUUGGUGCUGAAUUGUGAGAAGUGUCACUUCAUAGUUCGUGAAGGUAUUGUUCUCGACCACAAAGUUUCACAUAGAGGUGUUGAAGUUGACAAGGCUAAGGUGGAGGUAGUUGAGAGGCUACCACCCCUAUCUUCUGUAAAAAGGUUGCGUAGUUUCUUGGGACAUGUAGGUUCCUAUCGGUGA